AUGCCGUUGUUUACUCUCGAGCAAGUUCAACGGCACACCAAACCAGACGAUGUCUGGAUUGUCCUUCAUAACAAAGUCUACGAUGUGACAAAAUAUCUGGAUGAUCACCCCGGAGGCAAAGAUAUUCUCCUAGAAGUGGCCGGUACCAAUGCCACAGAGGCGUUCGAAGAAAUUGGCCAUUCUGAUGAAGCGAGGGAACAACUGCAGCCGUACUACAUAGGCGAUCUCCCGAUAGAGGAACAAGCCGAAGCCGUUGAAGUCUACCGUCCCAACUUCGAACAAGUCUCGCAAUCGGCCGUUAUAAACGUCAACAAGUCUUCCUCCGCAUCGUCAAUACUCCGCGCAAUUGUGAGACUUGGUUUAACAGGACUUGUCGGAACCCUUGCGGUUUCCUGCUAUCAAAACGGAUGGUCACUCGACAAGAUCUUGCCAUCGCUACUACCUAUUUCCCUGCCAAAGGGGACGCCAGGAACAACUUCCGGACAGUUCUGGACCGGAGCAUGCAUUGCCACCGUCGCACAGCUCUCCAUCACCCUGGGGCUAGGAGUCUGGGCUUCCAGUAAGCUGGACGUGCAGCAAGAAUUCACACACUACGUGCCACGACGUCACGCACAACCCGCACAUAUCAUUCAGCUCCCUCGAGCAAACGUGCCCCUGAAGAAGCCCAACAUACUCGAUCCCCGUCAAUGGCGCCCAUUCACGCUCACACGCAAAGACGAAGUCGCACCUCAUGUCUAUCGCUUUAUCUUCGCCCUCCCCAACACAGACGACGUCCUGGGUCUCCCUACAGGACAACACAUCGCCCUCCGCGCAACCAUCAACGGCCAAAGCGUCUCCCGCUCAUACACCCCCGUCUCCAACAACAGCGAUGCAGGCCGCAUCGAGCUCCUGGUCAAAGUCUACCCAAAUGGUGCAAUGACCCGCUAUCUUGAGGAUAUGAAAAUCGGUGAGACGAUUGAAAUCCGUGGUCCCAAGGGUGCUAUGCAAUAUUCCCGCCAGUACGCGACUCACAUCGGUAUGGUUGCUGGCGGGACUGGUAUCACGCCUAUGUACCAGCUCAUCCGCGCCAUCUGCGAGGAUCCCAACGACAACACCCAAAUCUCCCUAUUAUACGCCAACAACACUGAAAAUGAUAUCCUGCUCCGCACGGAACUAGAUGCGUUCGCACAGAAAUGCCCGGAGAAGUUCCAGGUACGCUAUGUACUGAGCCACGCUGAUGACAAGUGGAUAGGGUAUAAGGGAUUCAUCAACGGGGAGAUGAUUGAGAAACAUUUGGCGUCUGCUGCGGAAGAGAAUCGGGUGUUGCUAUGUGGCCCGCCACCGAUGUUGGCGGCUAUGAAGAAGGCGUUGCAGGGGAUGGGAUGGAGGAUGCCGGGGGCUGUGGCUAAGGGGGGUGAUCAGGUGUUUUUGUUCUAGACAAUGGUAUAGAAUAGACUGUUAGAGAUAGAAAAAUUGUAUAUUACUCUCACGG